UGUUCUCUGGGUGUCGAGAUGGCUGCUGCCAGCAAUCUGCUGUCUGAAGAUCAGUUCCUGUGCUGCAUCUGUCUGGAUGUGUUCACUGAUCCAGUCAGCACACCAUGUGGACACAACUUCUGCAAAAAGUGCAUCACUGAACACUGGAAUGUGAGUGACAGGUGCCAGUGUCCCAUGUGCCAAGAGGUUUUCACCACCAGACCAGAUCUGAGGGUCAACACCUUCAUGUCUGAGAUGGUUUCUCAGUUCAGACAGUCGACUCAGCAGAAAGCCAGCAGCAGCAGCUCAGAGCAACAAGAGUCCAGACCAGGAGAAGUUCCCUGUGACGUCUGCACUGGAACCAAACUGAAGGCCCUGAAGUCCUGCCUGGUGUGUCUGGCCUCCUACUGUGAGACUCACCUGGAGCCUCACCUGUCAAGACCAGGCCUGAAGAGACAUCAGCUGAUGGACCCUGUGGAGAACCUGGAAGACAGGAUGUGUCUGAAGCACGAUAAACCUCUGGAGCUGUUCUGUAGGACCGACCAGACGUGUGUCUGCAUGCUCUGCACUGUGUUGGACCACAAGAUGCACAAUGUUGUUCCUAUGAAGGAAGAAUAUGAAGGAAAGAAGGUCGAGCUGCAAAAGACAGAGGCUGAAAUUCAGGAGAUGAUCCAGAAAAGACGACUGAAGAUUCAGGAGGUCCAACACAACGUGAAGCUCAGUGAGGAAGAUGCAAACAGAAAGAAAGCAGAAGGUGUUCGGGUCUUCACUGGUCUGAAGGAGUCUGUGGAGAGAAAACUGAACGAGCUCAUCACUACGAUAGAAGAGAAGCAGAGAAGCACCAAGAAACAGGCUGAAGACGCCAUCAGAGAGAUGGAACAGGAGAUCUCUGAUCUGAUGAAGAGGAGCACUGAGGUGGAGAAGCUCUCCCUCUCUGAAGACCACCUCCACCUCCUCCAGAGUGUCCAGUCCCUCAACAUCCACCACUCACCACCCACCAAGGACUGGUCUCAGGUCAGUGUUCCUCCAGCAUCACAUGAGGGGACUGUGGUCAGAGCUGUGUCUCAGCUGGAGGAGACUCUUCGUAAAAUGAUGAAUAAGCUGGUUGUUGAAGCCGAGCUGAAGAGGGUCCAGAAGUUUGCAGUGGAUGUGACUCUUGAUCCUGAAACAGCUCAUCCUGGGCUCAUCCUGUCUGAUGACGGGAAACAAGUCCAUCAUAGUGAUGUGAUGAAGAAUCUCCCAAACAACCCAGAGAGAUUUACUAAAUGUACUUGUGUCUUAGCAAAGCAAAGUUUCUCUUCAGGCAGAUUUUACUUUGAGGUUCAAGUCAAAGGAAAGACUGACUGGUUUUUAGGAGUGACCAGAGAGUCCAUCAACAGGAAGGGAAGCUUCACAUGGAGUCCUCAGAAGGGUUACUGGUCUAUACGGUUGAGAAAUGCAAACGAUUACUACGCUCUUGGUGACCCUCCAGUUCUUCUCCCCCUGAAGUCUGGGCCUCAGAAGGUGGGGGUGUUUGUGGACUAUGAGGAGGGUCUAGUCUCCUUCUAUGACGUAGAAGCUGCAUCUCUUAUCUACUCCUUUGCUGGCUGCUCCUUCAAGGAGAAACUCUUCCCAUACUUCAGUCCUUAUCUUGAUCAUGGUGGUAAAAACUCCUUCCCUCUGAUCAUCUCUUCUGUGAAUCAAACUGGCUGA